UAUUUAUUUCAACAGGUAAUUGCUAUUAAAGACAUUAUUCGGCCUCCACAAAAGGAGAACUUCAAUGAUGUCUACAUUGUUUACGAACUAAUGGACACUGAUCUUCAUCAGAUUAUCCGAUCCAAUCAACCAUUAGCUGAUGAUCAUUGUCGGUACUUUCUUUAUCAAAUUCUGCGAGGACUUAAAUAUGUCCAUUCUGCAAACGUCUUGCACCGUGAUCUUAAACCCAGCAAUUUGCUUCUCAAUGCAAAUUGCGAUUUGAAAAUUGGAGAUUUUGGACUUGCAAGGACAACGUCUGAGACUGAUUUCAUGACUGAGUAUGUUGUCACUCGUUGGUAUCGGGCUCCCGAAUUGCUCCUAAAUUGUUCAGAGUAUACUGCAGCAAUUGAUAUCUGGUCAGUUGCUUGCAUACUUGGUGAAAUCAUGACGAGACAACCACUAUUUCCGGGAAAAGAUUAUGUUCAUCAGUUGAGACUUAUCACAGAGGUAUGGUCUGCAGAG